AAAUACCCGACCGUAAAUAAUAAAAGAGAGGGAGAAAAUAGACUCGAAUAAACGAUGAAAUAAUAAAAGAGAAGAUGGGACAGCCAGACACCGGCCAAGUCGGUGUGUGUUGUUCAACGACAGGCUAGAGAUGUUUUUUUUGCUCGUCUUUGUUUUCCCCUCGGUUUGUUUUGCUUUUUCCUCGCAGUCCCACCGGGACAACUCAAGGACCGACAAUGUGAAGCUUCGAGGUUUGCUGCCCAAUGCUGGCCUCAUUUUUUGGAUGCAGUGCGAAUGGUUGGUUGAUCAGAAGAGAUUGAUUGCAUUAUCGCUGAUUUGUGUCUUUGGCCAAAUUUACACUCAGGAUAUUCAAGAAAAUAAAAUAAAAUAAAAAGAAAAAGAAAAGAAAAACUACUAUAUACUAGACGACAUAUACAGUGAACCAGUAACCAAAAGUCACAAAAUGCAAAC